GCCUUAAAACAAUUACCAGUGUGGGUUUUAUGUCUCCAGAAGAGUCUCCAGCAUGUCUACGAAGGCAGAGCAGUUUGCCUCUAAGAUACGAUACUUGCAAGAGUAUCACAACCGUGUGCAACACAAUAUUUACCCUGUGCCAUCCGGAACAGACAUUGCAAACACACUGAAAUACUUUUCCCAAACCUUGCUCAGCAUUCUGUCCCGCACAGGCAGGAAGGAGAACCAGGAAGCUUCCAAUUUGGCCGUGCCCAUGACCAUGUGUCUUUUUCCUGUGCCAUUCCCACUCACCCCAUCUCUAAGACCACAAGUCAGUUCCAUCAACCCUACAGUUACUCGCUCCCUCCUUUACAGCGUUCUGCGCGAUGCCCCGUCAGACCGCGGGGGGCAGGGGCAGCAGAGUCGGGACGCUCAGCUCUCAGAGUACCCCUCUCUGGACUAUCAGGGCCUCUAUGUGACCCUCGUGACCCUGCUUGACCUGGUGCCCCUGCUGCAGCACGGUCAGCAUGAUCUGGGACAGUCUAUAUUUUACACAACAACAUGCCUCCUGCCCUUUCUCAGUGAUGACAUCCUCAGCACUUUGCCCUAUACAAUGAUCUCCACUUUAGCCACAUUUCCUCCUUUCCUCCACAAAGACAUCAUUGAGUACCUGAGCACGUCUUUUCUCCCCAUGGCUAUAUUGGGCUCUACUCGGAGAGAAGGGGCAGUACCAGCCUAUGUCAACCUGUCUGCUUCAUCUAUGCUCAUGAUUGCAAUGCAGUACACCUCAAAUCCAGUUUAUCACUGUCAGUUGCUGGAAUGUCUCAUGAAGCACAAACAGGAAGUGUGGAAGGACCUACUUUAUGUCAUAUCUUAUGGCCCUUCCCAAGUAAAACCACCAGCUGUGCAAAUGCUGUUUCAUUACUGGCCAAACUUGAAGCCACCAGGAGCCAUCAGUGAAUAUAGAGGGCUGCAGUACACUGCUUGGAAUCCCAUCCACUGUCAACAUAUUGAAUGCCACAAUGCCAUCAAUAAACCUGCUGUCAAGAUGUGCAUAGACCCUACUCUCUCUGUUGCCCUGGGAGACAAGCCACCUCCUCUUUAUUUAUGUGAGGAGUGCAGCCAGAGGAUUGCCGGAGAUCAUCCUGAAUGGCUCGUUGAUGUCCUGCUACCUCAAGCAGAGAUAUCUGCCAUUUGCCAGAAGAAAAACUGCAGCUCUCAUGUCAGGAGGGCCGUGGUCACCUGCUUCUCAGCUGGCUGCUGCGAACGCCAUGGCAACAGGCCUGUCCGCUACUGCAAGCGUUGCCAUGUCAACCACCACAGCAGCGAGGUGGGGGCUGCAGCGGAGACCCAUCUGUACCAGACCUCGCCCCCUCCCAUCAACACUCGAGAGUGCGGAGCGGAGGAGCUCGUGUGCACGGUUGAAGCAGUUAUUAGCCUUCUGAAAGAGGCAGAAAUCUAUGCAGAGCAGCGUGAAUUUGAGCUGAACAAGCGUCGUCAGAUGGGCCUGUCUGCCUCCCACCACUCUCUGGACAACAUCGAGUUUGAUAACAAGGAGGACGACCAGCACGACCAGCGCCUCCUCAGUCAGUUUGGCAUCUGGUUUCUGGUGAGCCUGUGCACUCCCAAUGAGAACACCCCCACCGAGAGUCUGGCUCGGCUGGUCAGCAUGGUCUUCCAGUGGUUUCACUCCACGGCCUACAUGAUGGAUGAUGAAGUGGGAAGCCUGGUGGAAAAGCUGAAACCGCAGUUCGUCACAAAGUGGCUGAAGACAGUGUGUGAAGUGCGCUUUGACGUCAUGGUCAUGUGCUUGCUACCUAAACCUGUAGAAUUUGCCAGGGUGGGAGGUUACUGGGACAAGUCGUGCAGCACAGUGACACAGCUGAAGGAGGGUCUGAACCGAAUAUUAUGUCUAAUACCUUAUAAUGUCAUCAGCCAACCGCUGUGGGAAUGUUUUAUGCCUGAGUGGCUGGAAGCAAUUCGAACUGAGGUCCCCGACAAUCAGCUCAAGGAGUUUAGGGAGGUGCUCAGUAAGAUGUUUGAUAUUGAGCUGUGCCCCCUGCCUUUCUCCAUGGAAGAAAUGUUUGGCUUCAUCAGCUGCAGAUUCUCUGGCUACCCGGCGUCUGUGCAGGAGCAGGCUCUGCUGUGGCUGCAUGUGCUGUCGGAGCUGGACAUCGUUGUUCCUCUUCAGCUGCUCAUUGGGAUGUUCUCAGAUGGAGUGAACUCCCUGAAGGAACUGGCCAAUCAGAGAAAAGCACGCGCCUCGGAUCUGUCUGGCAACACCGGAGCUCGAAGGGUGAGUGUUGUGUCAGAUCCAGGACGUCGUGGGCAGCACAACACCCUCAGCCCAUUCCCGAGCCCGUUCAGGAGCCCGUUCCGCAGCCCCCUGCGCUGCAGCCCUUUUAAAAACCUGGGCCACGCCACCAGAAACUGCGCCCUGGACCUGGACUGUGAUGAUGACGACAUGAAUCUGGGCUGCUUUAUUCUCAUGUUUGACCUCAUAUUAAAGCAGAUGGAGCUCCAGGAUGAUGGUGUGAUGCUGGGUCUAGACAGCAGCCUGGGGAAGGAUAUCGUGGGCAUCAUCAACAAUGUAUUUCAGGCCCCCUGGGGUGGCUCACACACCUGCCAGAAGGAUGAGAAGGCCCUCGAGUGCAGCUUGUGCCAAUCCAGCAUCCUGUGCUACCAGCUGGGCUGUGAGCUACUGGAGAGGCUGACCCCCCGGGAAGAGAUUCGCCUGGUGGAGCCCACAGAUUGUUUGGAGGAAACCUUGCUCUUGCCUCAACCUGAUUUCUCCCUCGGCACGGCGCACGGAAGUGAGGAAGGAGCCAACCCAAAUGACGCAAACACAGACAACCCCGACAACCAGUCUCCUGAGUUUACAUCCAUGAAAAAUAAUUCUGACAAGAAGUUCUGCUAUCAGAAGCUCCCUGUGUCUUUGAAGCUCAUAUACACCAUUCUGCAGGAAAUGUCCAGGUUUGAGGAGCCUGACAUCUUGUUCAACAUGAUGAACUGUCUGAAGAUCCUUUGUCUCCACGGAGAGUGUCUGUACCUCGCUCGUAAAGACCACCCCCAGUUCUUAGCCUACAUCCAGGAGAAGAUGCUGAUCCCCUGCCUGUGGUCCAUGCUCAAGUCGGAGUUUUGCCAGCUGGCCUCUCUGGCCGUGCCACAGCUUCUCCACGCCCUCUCUCUGUCCCACGGGGCCGACAUCUUCUGGAGCCUCAUCAACACUAACUUCAACAGCAAAGACUGGAAGACUCGGUUUGAAGCUGCGGAGAAGGUCGCCGUGCUGUGUCGCUUCCUAGACAUCGGUGCAGUGACAAAAAACCAUCUGCUGAAGUACUCCCUGUCCCACGCUUUCUGCUGCUUUCUGGCCUCCGUGGAGGACGUCAACCCGUCUGUGGCCACCAGGGCCAGACUGCUGCUGGACACCAUCAAGAGGCCGGCCCUGCAGGGCUUGUGCUUGUGCCUGGAUUUCCAGUUCGACACGGUUGUGAGAGAUCGACCGAUCAUCCUCAGCAAACUACUUCUGCUGCACUUUCUCAAGAAAGACAUUCCCGCUCUCAGCUGGGAGUUCUUUGUCAACCGCUUUGAAACUUUGUCUCUGGAGGCUCAGCUGCAUCUGGACUGCAACAAAGAGUUUCCAUUUCCCACCACCAUCACCGCUGUUCGAACCAACGUGGCCAACCUGAGUGAUGCAGCUAUGUGGAAGAUACGGCGGGCUCGCUUUGCCAGGAAUCAGCAGAAGAGUGUUCGUUCUCUGCACGACAGCGUGAAGGGAGGCCAAGCAGAAUCCAAACGAGCUUUUUCCCUUCCAGAGUCACUCAGCAACCGACUUCGUCAGACUCCCUCUCCUGAGGACGACACCAUAAUCAAAGACCUGCUCCCAGAGAACGCCGGCAUCGAUCACCAGACCGUUCACCAGCUGAUCAUGGUGCUGAUGAAAUUCAUGGCCAAAGACCAGAGCAGCGCCGAGGCUGACAUAAGCAGCGCCAAGGCCUUCAACACCGUGAAGCGUCACCUCUAUGUGCUGCUGGGCUACGAUCAACAAGAGGGCUGCUUCAUGAUUGCGCCCCAGAAGAUGCGCACCUCCACCUGCUUCAACGCCUUCAUCGCUGGCAUUGCACAAGUUUUGGACUACAAUAUAAGUUUGGGAAAGCAGUUACUCCCCCUGGUGGUUCAGGUGUUGAAGUACUGCGCAUGUCCUCAGCUGAGACAUUAUUUUCAGCAGCCGCCUCGCUGCUCCUUGUGGGCUUUAAGGCCACAUAUUCGACAGAUGUGGCUCAGAGCUCUGCUGGUUAUCCUGUACAAGUAUCCCUACAGAGAAAUGGACAACAGCAAACUGGUCCUUCAUCUGAUCCACAUCACCAUCAACACCCUGAACGCUCAGUAUCACAGCUGCCGUCCGCACGCUGCAGCCGGACCGCUCUACAGCGACAACUCCAACAUAAGCCGUUACAGCGAGAAAGAAAAAGAGGAAGACAGUGUGUUCGAUGAGUCAGACGUCCACGACACCCCCACUGGCGCUGCCAACAAAGAGGCUCAGACCUUCUUUGCCCGCCUGAAGAGAAUCGGUGGCAGCAAGUCUGUGAAGUACCAGCCAGUGGAGCUGAAUGCCAAGAGAAGCGAAAUAGAGCUGUCAGAAUAUCGGGAAGCAAGUGCCCUUCAGGACAGCAUCCUGCACUGUGUGAGGGAGGAGAGCACCAGGAAGAAGCGGCUACAGGCCAUGCACAAGCAGAAGUCCCUGGAUAUCUCCAACACAGACUCCCUGCUUUUCAGUUUAGACGAACAUCGGCGGAAGUCCUGCAUCGAUCGUUGCGAUCUGCAAGUGCCCCCUGUGGUCCUGCCCCCAUCUUCCACAGCUUUCCGCAGGCAACAAGGUAAAGGGUCCUCUGACGGCUCUUCAGUUCGGGUCGAUCCUGUCGAUCGACGAGGCUCUCGUGGAGGCCAGUCGGACACGUCCAAGCCCGUCAUCCCGGAGGUCCGGCUCAGCUGCAUGGAGACCUUUGAAGACAAACUGGAUCAGGGCUCUUUAGAAGGUUCUGCACAGGAGAAAGAGGAGCAGGACCUCAUUGACCUCUCCUCCGACUGCACCUCAAUCCCUGAAAAACACUCGCUGCUUUCUAUGUCUGACAGCGACUCCUUGGUUUUUGAACCGCUGCCUCCACUGAGGAUUGUGGAAAGUGACGAGGAGUUUGACCUUAACACCAUCAUUGGCUCCAAGUUUAACGGCAGCCCGAAGAUCUCGGCCUCCCCUGCUAGCAGUGACACGUUACGGCUGUCUCCCUUGGUUCAGGUCAGUGUGGAGGACUGUUCCAGUGAAAAAAAGGACCCAGAACUGGUUGAAAAGGGGAGCGCACAGCAGGAAACUCAAGAAAAUAAAGUCAGAGGCGUGACUCCCAGCACAUCUCUAGAUCUCCCUGAUCGGCUGGAGAACGUUUGCCAUGAAAGUCCUAUGACCUUGAAGCAGAAGAGAGAUCUGCUGAAGAAGACUCCACAUGUCCCUGACAGCUCAUUAGAUGACACGUCUGUGACCCCUGAACACGUGAGGACUGGACCGGGCACAAGCCCUGCCGGCAAGACCGUUUUCUUAGACAUCCCAGAAGACAAAGCAGAGCCGCCUUCCUCUCCAGAGAAAAGCAAGAGUAACAGCAAUGAUGAAGAGGAGGAUGGAGACGAUGAGGAAGAUGACGAGAUGGGGGACGAAGCAGACAGCGACCCCAAACCUGAAAACACGGACGAUAACGAUGAAGCUGAGUUUAAAAUCCAGAUUGUUCCCCGGCAGCGAAAACAGAGGAAGAUAGCGGUCAGCGCCAUCCAGAGGGAAUAUCUGGACAUUUCCUUCAACACGUUCGACAAGCUGGAGGGUGAACCAAACAACGAAACUGAUCACAAAGUUAUGUGUGCAUUGGAAAAGCCACGAGAAUCUGCUUCAGCCCCGACCCUCGAAGCUGCUGUGCCUGAAACGAGCCAUCGCUCCUCCGUAUCGACUCAGUACCGUCAGGUGAAACGAGGCUCUCUGGGGGCUCUGACGAUGAGUCAGCUGAUGAAGAGACAGCUGGAGCAUCAGUCCAGUGCACCACAUAACAUCUGCACCUGGGAGAUGGGUCAGACAUUCUCCAAAUUAAAAACACAAGAAAGACCAAAAUAAAUAUAUCAGCCAUUGUCCAUGGCAGGUCCUACAAAGACAAGUCUCCUCUCAGCACCGAGCACAGUGAGCAUGUUUGUGCCGGCGCCUGAGGAGUUCAUCGACGAGCAGCCUACCACCAUGUCUGACCGGUGUCGGGACUGUGCAGCUGUGCUGGAGGAAUAUGAUGAGGAGACACUUGCCCUCGCUGUGAUCGUUCUCUCCAUGUUCAUCCACCUGAGCCCUGAUCUGGCUGCUCCCAUGCUGCUCGACAUCAUGCAGUCUGUGGGCAGGCUGGCAUUUAGCAGCAACUUUUCUGGCCAAGCUGAGAGUAUGUUGAUCCCAGGAAACGUAGCAGGUGUGGCCAAGCAGUUCCUCCGUUGUGUGUUUCACCAGCUGGCCCCGAAUGGUAUCCUGCCUCAGCUCUUCCAGAGCAACAUCAAAGAUGGGAGUUUUCUGCGAACACUUGCGACCUCUUUGAUAGACUUUAACGAGCUGAGCUCUGUUGCAGCUCUCAACAUGCUUCUGGAGGGCUUGAACAACAAAAAGAGCCUCCCAGCUGGGAGCACCAUGCUGCACUGCCUGGACAACAUCGCCUCCUUCAUGGAGGCUCUCCCCAUGGACUCCCCCAGCAACCUGUGGACAACCAUCUGCAACCAGUUCCAGACCUUCCUCACAAAACUGCCCUCUGUGCUUCCUCUGAAGUGUCCGAUGGAUUCCAGUUUGCGGAUUAUUAUUUGCCUUCUAAAAAUCCCAACCACAAAUGCAACUCGGAGUCUCCUGGAGCCUUUCUCCAAGCUGCUGAGCUUUGUGAUCCAGUACGGCACGUUCAGCCUCUCUUACCUCGUAGAGCUUUGUGGGCUGUGUUACAAAGCCUUCAACAAGGAGCGAGAUAAGUUCUACAUGUCCCGCAUUGUGGUGUUGGAGCUUCUGCAGGCUCUCAAGUUCAAAUCUCCUCUGCCUGAUACGAACUUGUUACUGCUGGUUCAGUUUGUUUGUGCAGACAUCGGCACCCGUCUAGCUGAAUCCACCAUCAUCCAAAAGCACAUGAUCUCAACGCUGCCAGGGUGUACAACAGCAGCAAUGGAAUGCUUGAGGCAAUACACAAGUGAGCUGCUGGACUUCAUUGCAGAUAUGCAUACUCUAACCAAGCUGAAAAGCCAUAUGAAAGCUUGCUGUCAGCCACUCCACGAGGACACUUUUGGGGGCAACCUGAAAGUGGGCUUGGCACAAGUUGCAGCCAUGGAGAUCAGCAAAGGCAAUCACCGCGAUAACAAAGCUGUGGUCCGUUAUCUUCCCUGGUUGUAUCAUCCACCGUCCACCAUGCAGCAAGGGCCAAAAGAAUUCAUUGAGUGUGUAUCCCACAUUCGUCAGCUGUCCUGGCUUCUUCUGGGCUCUCUGACGCACUGCGCUCUGCACCAGGGCUCCACCUCCUGCAUGCCCAUCCCUCUGGAUGCAGGCUCCCACAUUGCAGAUCAUCUGAUUGUCAUCCUUAUUGGUUUCCCCGAACAGUCAAAGACGUCGGUGCUGCAUAUGUGCUCCUUGUUCCAUGCCUUCAUGUUUGCUCAGUUGUGGACCAUCUACUGUGAGCAGGCAGCUGCUGCUCCGUCCCUGCAGAACCAGAACCAAACUGAGUUUUCAUCCAGUGCGAUCCUUACAGGCCUGGAAUUCUGGAGCCGGGUCACACCAAGCAUCCUGCAGCUUAUGGCUCACAAUAAAGUGAUGGUAGAGAUGGUGUGUCUUCAUGUCAUCAGUUUGAUGGAAGCUCUGCAAGAAUGCAACUCAACCAUCUUUGUCAAGUUAAUUCCAAUGUGGCUCCCUAUGAUUCAGUCAAACCUCAAGCAUCUGUCUGCAGGGCUUCAGCUGCGCCUUCAGGCCAUCCAGAACAGAGUUAACCACCAGUGUCUGCAAGGCCAGACCUCCGGGGCGCCGCCAUUCGCCCUGCGCAAAUGGCUCCAGUGCACCCAGUUUAAGAUGGCUCAGGUGGAGAUCCAGUCGUCAGAGGCCGCCUCACAGUUUUACCCCAUGUGA